AGGAUUUAUGAGCCUUUCCUCAGUGUGAUUGUGCAAUGGAAGUACAGAAGCUGCUGCAGGAGAACAAGAAUUUUCCUCGCUUUGUGCGUCUACUCAUAUCUUUUGCUCUCACUCAUGGUCAAGGAUUUUUUUAGCUGCUAAAGCUUUUCCCGCCCCCUUAGAGGGCAGAAGGAACACAAUGGCAGUGUCAUCUGAUCACCUGUAAUAUGAGCUUUUCUCAUCUGUGUCUCAUCUGAUCUCCUGUUAGGUCAGAUUUUCCCAAAGAUGUAUUUCUUGGUGACUAGCUGUACGAAAAGGAUUCAGUUCAGGCACAAAAUUUUCCAUAAACCAGAGGAUACAAACUUCAGUUCUGGGAGGACCGUAGAACGCCUGGAAAAUGGAAAAGAAGGAAGGGUAGGAAUUGUUUUAAAUGAUAUUUUUGGUUAUACUCAUUAUCAAAAUACUUAUUCUUUCACUUUCUUUUAUAUGUUUGUUGUAGUAGGCGUGUUAUGGGGCAUUCGGGUUGUAACGCGGAAGACCCUUCCCCAUAUGCUUGCUAUUGGUUCACCUCCUUUACUUGAACCCGUGUUGUAAGAAGGAGAGGCUGUCCUUCUUUGUUUUCAUAACAAAGGGCACAACAACUCCGUAUAUGGCCUUUUGGAAGUAAGAGGUCAGAAGCGGGAUAUUCAAUAUGAUUGGCCAGGAGCCUGCAUGAGCUUCUGGAACAGUCUAGUAAAAAGAUAAGAAAUACUAUAUAGUUUUGUAGCUUUUAACAAUAAACGCCAUUUUGCUGCUCAUCAUAUUGAUGCUACGUGCAGUUGCUGGCCAGGAACCAGGUUUAGGUUCUCUACGUGCAAGGGUAAUAAGAAGAGGGUCGCCGGAGUUUGGUAACAAAUGGUGCCGAAACCCGGGAUUGAACCAGGGACCUUUAGAUUUUUUUUAGUUUCCCCGCUGCAGGUUAUGGUGCCGAAACCCGGGACCCUUGCUGUGUUUUUGCUUGCACGGGUGCAAAGGCUGGCACCAUAACCUGCAGCGGGGAAACGUCUGCAGAAGACCCGGGGUCUGUGCUUAGCGGCACAAGAAUAAGGGUACGCCUCCUGAGGUAUAUCGGCGGGGAAGACGCCACAACUGCAGCCAUGGAACAAGUUAUUAAGGUACUGCUUUCAUUUUGCAAAGUUUACUGUGGGAAGAAUUCUCCUUCUGAGAAGGAAAUUGCCGCAGUGCUCUCUCGUUUAGAACGAGAACGCAUAAUUGCCUCCCGCCAUGAAGUACUUUACUAUCAGUUGUGGGAUUUUCUGACGAUGGUGCUCGCACAGCGUGAUAUGACUGCGCAGGAUGUUGCGGAGCGUAGAGUGUGGGGGAUGAUUCUUGGCACUUUGAAAGCUGCCAGGGAAGAAAAAAAGUUACAGCUCAGACUGAGACCUGAUCCAGAAAUUUUUCCGGGAGAUUCCUUGGAUCUGGGAGGUCCCAGGAAGCCGGGAGAUAGUCUCUCUUGCAGGAAUCCAGAGGAUGGCUCAUCGAUUCAAGCAGCAGCCCCUGCUCUGCCAUUGGCCCCGGCCCCGGCGAGUGCAGAUCCCCUCCGCAGUGCCGCGAUCAAGAUGGCGCCGGCCACGCCAACCGUUCCUGCCUCCGGCGCCACCCCCCAGAUGUCAAUCACUGCUGAGGAAUGCGAAGGGGGUGUGUCACAACACCCACUGUCAUCUCCGUCAAUCAUCUCGCAGCAGACUCCCGAGACUCCACCUCCGUAUCAGCAGGAGUCGUUGUAUCCUUCAUUACGUAAUGUCUCAGGGGCGGAACCGGAGAAGCCUGUACCCACCCAUCAAGGGGCGGACUAUCCACGCCAGUGCCACCCAGCCUCUAUGAGGGGACGGUGCAGCCCGGCCCCCCCAGGGGAGGGGUUACAUCGGAAAAGGCGGUGAUGCAAGGGGGCGGCACCGAUGGGCGUGCUCUAGGCGGAUCUGAUGGGCAUGCUCAGAACGCUGAUUGGUCAGAGAUAGUGCAGGGCUUGACUGCACAACCCCCAUCUCCGCCCAUGGGGACGUUUGGGGAGAGCAAGUGUGGCUGCUGCAGCCACUCUGCACUGCACCACACCAUGCAGCUCCAGCUACAGGUCUGGUGUGCCCGGAUAGCUCAGUGGGUAGAGCAUGAGACUCGAAAUCCCAGGGUCAUGGGUUUGAGUCGCAUUCUGAAAUCUUUUUGUGAUCAGUUAAAGGGAUCAGACCUCAGGUCUGACAUUCAUGUCACGGGUUCAGCUUUUGCAGCUAGGCUUCUGGCUCGCAUGGGCCAGGAAGGACAUCCUAGCUCAGAGGUGCCAAGCUUUUUUACUAUCAGAAAUGCUAUUGCAGACAGAGUAGCCAGCAUGCUUGUUUUUACAAUUCAAGAGGCUUGCGAUUCUACCCUUUAUGUAGGAGCUCCUGCAUUGCAAGAAUUUGUUCCAUCCCUUUGUAGCCUGGAUUGUUGUUCGGGCAUGCCUUCACUGUAAUUCUACACCUAAGAAAGGAGCAGGAGUUAACCCUGGCAGCCUCGGACCCAUGCAGGUCUGGCAGACAGAUUUUAUGUGGGAACAGUGUUUCUCUCCCUGUGCCUGGCUUGCAGUUAUGAUAGAUACUUCCUCUACUGUUAUCGUGGCCACACAGCAUGCGAAGUCCAACUCAACUGUGGAACAUGCUAAUUGCCCCCUCAAGGAAAAGUUAUAUAUCUUUGGGGAGGGGAAAGGAUAUAGGAGGAAGAUACCUGUUGGCAGGUAAGCCAAGAUACAAGCAAAGGCUCUUUAUGUAUUGAAGUAUUUCGAACAUGGUGAUAAUGGGUGAACACAGAAGCAUUGGCAGCCUGAGAUCUUAAGUGAGGGACUGGCCCUAUGUGGGUUUCAGCGUAAUACAUUCAGCCUCAUCUCAAGGCAGAAAGUUUCUUGCUCAUUGGUAUUGUUUCAGAGUUUGUUGCAUUAUAGAUACUAUAGUGAGUGAGGAAAAAGGUUGCACUAUUCACAGGAUGGUAUUAUAAUAACAACCCUAGUAAUGGUAUGGCGAAGUAGGUGAUUUUCCUGUGUUAGUAAUGCAGCCUCAAGAAUUAUUAGGCAUAAGUUAAGUUACUGUGUGCUGCUUCUAUUUUAGUAAUAGAUAGAAUGGGAAUGAACAAGAUUUAAUGUUACCAGUGUUAGAAUUUAUGAGAAUAGCUCUUUUAGUGUAAUUUUACCACCUUCAUUGUCAGUAAUUCUUGGUUAAGAUGUUAUUAGCCUGUCAAUUGGCAUUUUCUUAAUUUGUGGAGGCAAAACCUGGAAAAGAAUCCCAAGCAAAGGGAUGUCUCUGUACUAUAGAAUGAUAAACUGUGUUUCAUCCCACUAGUCAGGAUUUUAGAAAUGUGACCACGCAUCACUCGAGACAAAGGUACCUAGAAACAGCACCGCUCAGUUUUAGCCACACUCACCAAGUUAGGAUGUUAGUCAGCUAAGGAAAGUAAUGCUCCUAGUCAUGUUCUAGCCCACUAGUAUCAAUUCUAUCUGACAUGCAACUCUAUGAAGUUGUGGAUUUUCUACUAGGCCAAAGGCAUGGCUGUAAGCACCUUAAAAGCAGGUGUUGUACAAUUUCAGUGAUCAUUCAAAAUCAAUAUGUCAGAGUAUACGAGAGUUGAAGAUUCUCUCUUUCAGUUAUAGGUACACACAGAAUGAGACCCUCAGGGACUCUUUUUCAGGUUGCAGCCUUGGGCCAUGGGCCAAACAAGUGUUCAUCCUUUUAAUGGGUUUGGCAGUAUUUUAUGUUAUUAUGUUAUGUUUGCCUUGUAUCUUUCUUUCGUUUAACAUGUUGUCAAUAGAAAGAUUGGCUUGCUGGAUGAUCAAGCAAGCUAACGUCAUGAUGCUUGUGUUUGAUGUAAUGUUAGAAGAUUAGAAUAGUGAAAGACGUGUUUUUGUAGAAUAGAAUAGUAAUAGGUCUUAUAGGCUUAAAGCCAUGGACAUUAGGGCUUGAGCUUUUAUUUGCAGGAGUUGCUGGAGGAAGACCUAAGCCCAGCAAGCUCAAGCCGGAAGAAGACCUCGACAAGAGACCGCAGAUUUCUUCGAGAAUCAUUCUUCGAAGUGAUCAUCUGCUUACGGCGCCUGUUUUCUCAUGCUUUCGACCCAGCCUUGGUGCUGCACACCCAGAACAGCAUUUUGUGCGGCACGGAAAAUGAGCAAGGCGGUUUGAUUACUCUGAGUGCCUUGUCAUCUACAUGGAGUCCAUUUGCUCGAAAUGGCUCAAAGUCAGGUGUUCAUGAGUAGGUGAUGAUUUCAUUAAGGGCUGGCAUUGUUAUCUUGAAAAACACUAUUCUACAAGUUUUUAUCAUAGAAGGCUCUUGACACACAAUUCAUCGAUUUUUGGAUUGUAGGUUUAGUGCGUUUUCGCUGUAUGACUCUGCUUUGUCUUAGUUUAGAGGUCUGAGACCACGGUUUGCAUAUUUACUUAGAGGAUUAGGUAUAAGGUUUUUAAGGCUUAUUGCUAUAAUGCUAUGCAUACUUUGCUUUGUAGGAUGCAUACAGCGAUGCUUACAGCGUGAUAACCACUACACUACAGAAAACUAUGCUUACAGCACCUAAUGGAGCCUUAGAUCAGCCUAGAACACCACAGGCUGUGUGAAAGCUUGUCAACGGUUUACGGGCGUUCGGCCCAGUUCCGUGAUGAAGGGGACGGGGGACCCAUGGGCCCACGCCCCGUGAAAAGGGAAAAGGGAAAAAGGGUAAGGAGAUGGCCCUGAGAGCAAAGAA